AUGAAUCAGAUGCCACUGGAUAAUUACAGAAAAGGUUUAAGAAUACGCCUGUUCAAUUUUUCUCUCAAAUUAUUAAGCUGCUUGUUAUACAUAAUCCGAGUACUACUAGAAAGCCCUUCACAAGGAAACGAAUGGUCUCAUAUCUUUUGGGUGAACAGAAGUCUACCUUUAUGGGGCUUACAGGUUUCAGUGGCAUUGAUAAGCCUAUUUGAAACAAUACUACUUGGUUAUCUUAGUUAUAAGGGAAACAUCUGGGAACAGAUUUUACGAAUACCCUUCAUCUUGGAAAUAAUUAAUGCGGUUCCCUUCAUUAUCUCAAUAUUCUGGCCUUCUUUAAGGAAUCUAUUUGUCCCAGUAUUUCUAAACUGUUGGCUUGCCAAACAUGCCUUGGAAAAUAUGAUUAAUGAUCUACACAGAGCCAUUCAGCGUACCCAGUCUGCAAUGUUUAAUCAAGUUUUGAUUUUAAUAUCUACGUUACUAUGCCUUAUCUUCACCUGCAUUUGUGGGAUCCAACAUCUGGAACGAAUAGGAAAGAAGCUGAAUCUCUUCGAUUCACUUUAUUUCUGCAUUGUCACAUUUUCUACUGUGGGCUUUGGGGAUGUCACUCCUGAAACAUGGUCCUCCAAGCUUUUUGUUGUUGCUAUGAUCUGCGUUGCCCUUGUGGUUCUACCCAUACAGUUUGAACAGCUGGCCUAUUUAUGGAUGGAGAGACAAAAGUCAGGUGGAAACUAUAGUCGACAUAGAGCUCAAACUGAGAAGCAUGUUGUUCUGUGUGUCAGCUCACUGAAGAUUGAUUUACUUAUGGAUUUUUUAAAUGAAUUCUAUGCUCAUCCAAGACUACAGGAUUAUUAUGUGGUGAUUUUGUGUCCUACUGAAAUGGAUGUGCAAGUUCGAAGGGUGCUACAGAUUCCAAUGUGGUCCCAAAGGGUUAUCUACCUUCAAGGAUCAGCCCUUAAAGAUCAAGACCUGUUGAGAGCAAAGAUGGAUGACGCUGAGGCCUGUUUUAUUCUGAGCAGCCGUUGUGAAGUGGAUAGGACAUCAUCUGAUCACCAAACAAUUUUGAGAGCAUGGGCUGUGAAAGAUUUUGCUCCAAAUUGCCCUUUGUAUGUCCAGAUACUAAAGCCUGAAAAUAAAUUCCAUAUUAAAUUUGCUGAUCAUGUUGUCUGUGAAGAAGAGUUUAAAUACGCCAUGUUAGCUUUAAACUGUAUAUGCCCAGCAACAUCUACACUUAUUACACUACUGGUUCAUACCUCUAGAGGGCAAGAAGGCCAGCAAUCGCCAGAACAGUGGCAGAAGAUGUACGGUAGAUGCUCUGGGAAUGAAGUCUAUCACAUCAUUUUGGAAGAGAGCACGUUUUUUGCUGAAUAUGAAGGAAAGAGUUUUACAUAUGCUUCUUUCCAUGCUCACAAAAAGUUUGGUGUCUGUUUGAUUGGUGUUAGGAGGGAGGAUAAUAAAAACAUUUUGCUGAAUCCAGGUCCUCGAUAUAUUAUGAAUUCUACAGACAUAUGUUUUUAUAUUAAUAUUACCAAAGAAGAGAACUCAGCAUUUAAGAACCAAGACCAGCAGAGAAAAAGCAAUGUGUCAGGGUCAUUUUAUCACGGGCCGUCCAGACUACCUGUGCACAGCAUAAUUGCCAGCAUGGGUACUGUGGCUAUAGACUUGCAAGACACCAGCUGCAGAUCAGCAAGUGGCCCUACCCUGACGCUUCCUACAGAGGGAAGCAAAGAAAUGAGAAGACCUAGCAUUGCUCCUGUUUUAGAGGUUGCAGAUACAUCAUCAAUUCAGACAUGUGAUCUCUUAAGUGAUCAAUCAGAAGACGAAACUACACCAGAUGAAGAAAUUUCCCCAAACUUAGAGUAUGCUAAAGGCUACCCGCCUUACUCUCCAUAUAUAGGAAGUUCACCCACUUUUUGUCAUCUCCUUCAUGAAAAAGUGCCAUUUUGCUGCUUAAGAUUAGACAAGAGUUGCCAGCAUAACUACUAUGAGGACGCAAAAGCCUAUGGAUUCAAAAAUAAACUAAUUAUAGUUGCAGCUGAAACAGCUGGAAAUGGACUAUAUAAUUUUAUUGUUCCUCUCAGGGCAUAUUAUAGACCAAAGAAAGAACUUAAUCCCAUAGUACUACUAUUGGAUAAUCCGCCAGAUAUGCAUUUUCUGGAUGCAAUCUGUUGGUUUCCAAUGGUUUACUACAUGGUGGGCUCUAUUGACAACCUAGAUGACUUACUGAAGUGUGGAGUGACCUUUGCCGCCAACAUGGUGGUUGUGGACAAGGAGAGCACCAUGAGUGCCGAGGAGGACUACAUGGCCGACGCGAAGACCAUCGUGAACGUGCAGACGCUUUUCAGGUUGUUUUCCAGUCUCAGUAUUAUCACAGAGCUUACUCAUCCAGCCAACAUGAGAUUCAUGCAAUUCAGAGCCAAAGACUGUUACUCUCUUGCUCUUUCAAAACUCGAAAAGAAAGAAAGGGAGAGAGGUUCUAAUUUGGCCUUUAUGUUUCGACUGCCUUUUGCUGCUGGGAGGGUAUUUAGCAUCAGCAUGCUGGACACUCUUCUCUAUCAGUCAUUUGUGAAGGAUUAUAUGAUUUCAAUCACCAGACUUCUGUUGGGACUGGACACUACACCAGGAUCAGGGUUUCUUUGUUCUAUGAAAAUCACUGAGGAUGACUUAUGGAUCAGAACUUAUGCCAGACUUUAUCAGAAGUUGUGUUCUUCUACUGGAGAUGUUCCCAUUGGAAUCUACAGGACUGAAUCUCAGAAACUUACUACAUCUGAGUCUCAAAUAUCUAUCAGCGUAGAAGAGUGGGAAGACACCAGAGACUGCAGGGAGCAAGGGCACCUCCGCGGCAACCACCGCAACUCCACGUCCAGCGACCAGUCAGACCACCCCUUGCUGCGGAGAAAGAGCAUGCAGUGGGCCCGAAGACUGAGCAGAAAAGGCCCAAAACACUCUGGUAAAACAGCUGAAAAAAUAACCCAACAGCGACUGAACCUCUACAGGAGGUCAGAAAGACAAGAGCUUGCUGAACUUGUGAAAAAUAGAAUGAAACACUUGGGUCUUUCUACAGUGGGACAUGAUCAAAUGAACGAUCAUCAGAGUACACUCUCCUACAUCCUGAUUAACCCGUCUCCAGACACCAGAAUAGAGGUGAACGAUGUUGUAUAUUUAAUUCGACCAGAUCCACUGGCUUACCUUCCAAACAGUGAACCUAGUAGAAGAAACAGCAUCUGCAAUGCUUCCGGUCAAGACUCUCGGGAGGAAACUCAACUUUGAUAAGAAGGAGAUAAGAGACUAAUUUUUUUUUUCUUACAAGGAUCUUGCUUGAAACAACAAAAGUGUUGCUGGCAUGAAAGAAACUACAUUGGAAUAUAUUCAGUUCUCUCAUAUUUAAAGACAUAAUCUAUUCUCUUAGAAAUAUAGAUCAUUUUGAAACUUAAUGGACUUCUUAUUGGUACUCCCCAUAUUAAUAUUUGAAAGAUAAUAAAUGGAGUGAUUUUGAAACCCUAAAUUAAAACAUAAAAAUUUAAAUACGAUACUUGUUUUACAAUAAGCCAAACUGUAUGAAGCCAAUAUUUAAAAUUAUUAAUGUUUUAUGAAAGCAGACAAACCUAUAUUUGGUGCAUUAAAUGGACAUAGAAGAUUGAUGCUCCCCUUCAAAAUUAAAUGUCAUAUUAUGUUCUUUAAAACAGCUAUUUUAUAAAAUUGAGGUCAUCCUAAAUGUCUAGUCUUCUCUACAUAGAGAUUGACCAACAAACUUGUAUGGCUGAUGUUUGUGUAAGAAUCAUAGUUUGCUUUAGAAUACAAAUCAUUAAGUCAUGUUAACCUUUUUUGUCUGCCUUUUAUAUGAUGUCAUAUUCAUUAGAAUUGAGAUGGUCAUAGCAUGUUUUAUUACACUGAAGAAACUAAUAUAUAAACAAAAAAGAAUAUUAAAUACCUGGACUUUUUAGUAGCUUUGUGUCUAGGGCACAUUUUUAUGCCAAGAAAAGUGUACUAAAAAGAAAAUAUCUAUUGUUCUCCUAUAAGAAUGCCUAGCAUACAGAAAAUGACACACAUUUUUUGACUUAAAUUUAAUCCAAGAACUGAAACAGUAACCGGAUUUCUUGAAAUAUGAAGUAAUUUUCAUUAGACUCUUGAGCUUUAACAUUUUCAUCUGUCUAUAUAGUAAUUUCAUUAGAAAAAUAUUUCAAAAUUGACAAAAGGAAAUUUAUACUUUUUAUGGACUACAAAGACACUUCAAAAAGUUAAAAGUCCUCGUGUCUUUAGUACUGAAAUAAUCACACUCAAAAAAUGGUGUGUUACAACUUUAAGUUUGAAAAAUCAUUUAGGAAAUAUAUUUCAACAUUAUAAGGGGAAAGCAAACAAUAAAAAGACUUAAUUAUCCUUUAAAUUUAAUAUAAAUCUUGAAGAAUUUCAUGAUAACAUUUCAUAUAAACUGAUCCUUGGGGACACCGAUGCUUUAUCGCUUUCCCACAGAAACAGACCAGGAAGCACAGGAGAAUACACAGGUGUUGCGUGUACCUGUCAGUACAGGUAGUUGAAGUACAUUAAGAUAUUCAUAUGGAUGAUCCACUGGCAAAUUUUAAAAGAUAUUUGUCUUCUAAUUUUGUAUUUGUUACUGAAUUUGACAUUGAAUUUUAGUUGAACAAUACAUAGGACAUAUAGGACUAGAUUGGGACAUUUUAUUCUUACAAUGAAGCAGAUCAAUUGAAAGGAAAAUAGAAAUUUUUUUACAAAGAUAAAGAUAGCCUAAUGUUUUUUCAAUAAUUCCACAGAAAUAAAAGUGUGAAACAUAAAAUAUGAAAUCAAAGAUUAUAGCCAUUAUAAUUUGGCUUAUGAAAUAUGAAAUGUCUUUUUUUUUUAGUAGUGUACAGUAUCCACAUUUUUGAUUUGCAAGAACACCAGAAGUUCCCCUAAAACAGAGAGAGCCUAUCUUUGAUCAGAGAAGUAGAAUUUAUAACAGGUCACUUAAAAUUGGGAGGAUGCCUUAAAACUCAAAGAUUGUAUGCAUAUAUGUGUGUAUAUGUUAUAAACAUGUGAAAUAUCUUUAGCAAACUCAUUUUCACAUAUAAAUUGUUAAAACUGAAGGCAGAAUAGAACUAAUGUAUGUAAAGGAGAAAAAUAAUGAAUUUAAUGACCUUGUUUCAUAGUCACACAUCUAUAGUCAAGUAUAAUGUUUCUUUGAAUUGACUUUUUUUACUCCAUUGCAAUUAUUUUUUAGGAAUAAAGAUAAGAUUUACAAAUCUUUUAUUUCCCCAUAAGAUCUGAACUUUAGUAUUUUUGUGACAGUGUGAAGACUAGGAUUUUAAGGUAGGAUAUGAUUAUAUUUCCUAUAUAACGAAUAAUUUUGUUUCAUAAAAUUUAAAAUAAUUAUUUUUGACUAUGAAUAUUAGUCCAAAUUUAAUAUUUGACACAAUUCAUAUCAGCUUGCUAUGAUAAUGAUAGUUUAUUAGUCUAUCUGAUAUUUAAAGAAUAAAAAAUGCUUAUAAAAGACUUUUGAUGAACUGUUGCCUUUUUAAAAUAAUUAUACUUGCUCAUGAAAAUAAAGCAUAAAGCCAAUAAUAGUCUUUGUAGCCCUAUGGGAAUUGGUUCUGUUCACUGUCUGUGUACCAUUUUGCUACUAGUUACACUGAGUUGCUUUCAAAUAAAUAAUAAAAUUAUUUCUGAUGA